UAAUCAAAAUGAGCACAGAUAAACUUCUAAAAUUGUUUGUAGAGUAUUAUGAGUAAGAGAUCGCUUAAAAGACAAGAUGAUCAUGCAAAAGAUACAGAUUCUGAGGAAGAGGAUGAGGAGGACUUACAGGCAGCAAUUAAGGAAAUGGUCAAGAUUCCCGAUAUAGAUAUAGAACCAAGUAUCAGUGGACGUCUUUCUCAGGGUCAAAACGAACAAGAGUCGCCUCGAAAUGUGCUUCAAAGAAAUCAAGCUGAGUGUGGAUCGCAAACGGGUGAUGAAAAAGAUACAACUUCAAGCACCAAGCUAAAAAAGUUGGAAAGCGAUGAUAGUUGGGAGGCACUUCUCAGAAAAAGAUUUGCUUGGACGAAAACUAACGCAGCUCCUUUGGAAGAUAACCAAAAUAAACCGAGUAUCAAAGAAUCCUUAAAGGAUUUAACGGAAACCAAAGGAAAUGGUAACAAACUUACUGCAGACACCUCUAAGGAAAGUCUAAUACAAGCUGAAUUCCUUGAGAAUUCUAAAAUAAAAGGCGAAGCAACCAAGUCUUGUAAAAAUACGUUAAGUGAUGAGGGAUCGGGCGAAGAAUCUCCGGAGUUCCUGGACAAAUUGAAAAGAAUUGAGGAGGCCUCGAAGCCCAAAUCUUGGAAGAGACCAACACCGAUAGUCGUAAAGCCAAGUCAGAAUAAUUCUACCACCAAAAAGAGUGAAAAGGCAGUGGAUACGAAGCCACAAACAGAUACUGAAGCAAUGCAUGGGUACAUAAAUAUUUUGAAGGCUCCAUUCCAUCGUAAUUUAUAUUAUGCUGCAGAAGAACCAUCUCGUCAGGAUAAGGAUGCUGCAACCUCAGAUAUACAACCAGAAACUCCAGCAAAUCAAAUUGUGGACGAUUCAGCAGCCGAUUCUGCGCAAAAAGCUGACAAAAGUACGCCUGAAAAUGUAGAGAAUUUGGAGGACAAAAAAAGUAUUAAAUCUGACUCGCAAAGGACAGUCACAAUCACAGGACACUCGCACAUAACCGCCAAAUGGGAUGCCCACUGCCAUUUUAAGGAGAAGGAAUCUGGAGUGGAUAAGAAUGCUAGGCGGGUGUUGAUCAUCGCCUGUAUUUUAUGCACCUUAUUCCUGAUACUCGAAGUCAUUGGAGGCAUCUUAUCCAAUAGCCUGGCCAUUGCCACGGAUGCUGCCCAUUUGCUGACGGAUCUGGCCUCGUUCCUUAUUUCAAUCUCUGCACUACACUUGGCUGGCAGACCCUCCUCGGAGCGCCUGAACUUUGGAUGGCAUCGUGCCGAGGUCAUCGGGGCCAUGGUAUCCGUGUUUUUCAUCUGGGUAGUCACAGGCAUCCUUGUGUACAUGGCUAUAAUGCGUUGGGUUAACGAGGACUUCCAACUGGACGCCAAGAUAAUGCUGAUCACAUCGGCUCUGGCCAUAUUAUUUAAUGUGAUAAUGGCCCUUCAGCUGCAACACGGCCACUCGCACUCUCUUCCAGUAAAGUUCAAAAAGUCAAAGGACAUGGGGUCGCUGCAAGAAAGUAAGAUGAUCGCUGGGUUCCAAAGCAAUCGCGUAUUGUUGGGAAAGUCCGUUUCCACCCAGUGUGCAGCCAAAGGACAUGAGAACAUCAAUGUGCGAGCUGCCAUUAUUCACGUGGUUGGGGAUCUCAUCCAGAGUGUUGGCGUCUUCGUGGCCGCCCUGAUAAUAUACUUUAGGCCGGAUUGGGCCUUCAUGGAUUCGGUGUGCACAUUCAUCUUCUCAGUGCUCGUUCUUGUGGUUACGUUCAAAAUCUUAAGGGACGUCCUCAUGGUCCUGAUGGAGGCCACGCCGGAUUUCAUGGAUUACGAGGAGGUGAGACGGACAUUUCUCUCGAUUUCGGGUGUGGAGCACGUGCAUAACCUGAGGAUAUGGGCACUAUCCAUCAAUAAGGUGGCUUUAUCCGCCCACCUGGCCAUUUCCAAGGAAGCCGAUCCCCAAAAGAUCCUCGAGGAGGCCACCACACUGAUCCACAAGCGGUUCAAGUUCUUCGAGACUACCAUUCAAAUCGAGGAGUAUUCGCCGGGUAUGGAGGACUGCGGACAAUGCUUAAGUCCUUCGGAGAAAAACGCAAAACGAAAAUCCUUGGACCCGGAAAUGGGCGAAGGAGGUCCUGGACGCAGAAAAGGAUCUAAUCCGGAUCUGGAAAAAAAUAAGAAUAAAUCAGAUCCCGAGUAAUCUUACAACUGGUUCAUGUUACUAUAUAUGGUAGCUAUCUUUCCCUAUCUGGAUACCACUUGGUGUAUUGCUACUAAAUGGACGCGUCAUAUGGGUUUCUGCAUCACCUACACUUCGCUGCUUAU